AUUUGUACUUUCUUUUCUUUCAUUGUGCUUUCCGUGUUCCGUCAUUCGUGGUCUUUAGAUUUAUUUGUUUUGUAUUGAACUAAACUAAUGAAAGAAAUAAUAAAAUCAUGACGAGCCGGGGAAAUCACAGAAGUGCUCGAAUGAAUUACAAAUUCCAAGAUGAACCUUUGGACCCUAAAGGAACAAAACCAAUUCGAGAAGCUUCAUCAAUAUUAGAAGUUCUAAUACUAAUGAUUGUGCAUAUUUGUAAAAAGGUACUCUUCUUUGACACAAAUUUAAAAAUAGCUGUAUAUCUAGGAGCUCUCUUUUUACUUUCUCUUAUAGCGGAUGUUCUUACAUUUCCAAAAUCUUAUUUUUCGAGAAGUGACAAUAUAUUCAACCAAUAUUUUGUAAAAAUUGGAUGGUUUUGGACAUUAUUUUUAACUAUACCUUAUGUUUCUUUGACAUCUUACACUACUUGUUGCGGUAGAAGAAAGCUCAUUGUAACAGGCCACUUAGUGAGACUGUUGAUAGCUACUGUGUUUUGGUAUGUGUGGGUCACUAUAUUCAACAUAGUUGAAAUUAAUUAUGGUCGUUGUAAUUCAAGAUCUUUUACUGAUAAAGUGUCUUGUUUAAAAGAAGGCCACUUUUGGAAUGGCUUUGAUAUAUCUGGACACUGCUUUAUAUUGAUUUAUUCAAGUUUAGUGUUAAUUGAAGAGGCGAGAGCUAUCAAUGGAUGGGAAAAAAUCAGAGACUACAUUAGAGAUGAGAAGUAUUCAAGAAGUUUGAAUGACAAGUCGCCAAGUAGCAAUCCACUUAAAAACAUCAGUAAAGAAGAAUUGGAUCUACUAAAAACAUCAUAUGAUAAAUUUACACCGUAUGUGAGGGCAUUUCUAAUAGCUAUGGCUCUUCUUCAACUUUUAUGGGACGUCAUGUUGGUGUCUACAAUAUUGUAUUACCAUAUCAUGGUAGAGAAAUUCUUGAGUGGAGUAAUAGCAAUACUUACCUGGUUUAUCACUUACAGAGUUUGGUAUACAAUACCCAACUUACUACCAAAUUUACCAGGUCAGGGAAUAUUCAAAUAUAAUGUAGAGAAAGUAAAUUCAACUAACACACCAGUAAGGAAAAGAUCUGUUUUAUCAGAUGGCAAACACUUUAUGGGAAUGCCUAUUAAUAAAGGACAAGAUCCAACAGAAGAUUUAAAAUAAUUAUUUAAAUAUAAAAACAAGAAACAUUGUUUUUGGUGUUAUUGGUAGUUAAUUUUAAAAAAAUGACAAUUAUUAUUUAUUUGUAUGGAGUAAUAUUUAAAUGUAAGAAUGAAUUUUUAUAUUUCUAGAUUUAGAUAAGGUAUUUGGUGUUUUUAUGUAUAAACCAAGCACAAAUAUUGUUAAUUAAAGUGUCACUAUUGAUGUAUUUAACAUUGUGUCAAUGAAAAACUAAAUAAUAAUUUACUAAAUAUGUGACUAUUCUUUGAUUAACAUUUUCUUGCCUACAGUUUGUUUCAUGUAGGAUGGUGUGGGUGACAGUUCAUUUCACUCUUGAAAGUUAGCCACAAAUCACAGUACUUAUUAUGAAUGUUGAACAGGCAACUGUCACUAUACCCAUGCUAUCUGGAAGCACUUUACCAUUGUUUAUUGCAACAUGAUGGAUCACAGAUCACAGGAUCACAGUGUCCCUCCAAACAGCUUAUGAUAUUAUAAAAGUUAUUUUGAAUGUAUAUUUUACAAUAUACAAAGGUUUUUAACUUGUUUAUUGUAUAUUUAUUAUUUACACUUUGCUUGCUUUAUAAUAAGGAAAGAGGUCAGUGCAAAGUCAGAAUACACCAUUUAUUUAUUUUAGAAACCAUCCACCUCACAAUAAUUUUACUUUUGUUUAAUUUGUUACAUUUAAUUAUUAUGCUAAGUUUUGGUGGUUUGUUAAUUUUUUUACUGUAUUUUCUUGUAGUGCCUUCUAUAAUAAAGUAAGUUUUUCAAUUUUAUCAAAAUAAUGCUCAUUGUUGUGGUUAAUAAAAGUUUACCCAGUAAA